GUGUUUCCAGCCGCUUUCGCCAUGGCUGCACUCACCCAGAACCCGCAGUUCAAGAAGCUGCAGACCUGGUACCACGAGCACCGCUCUGACCUCAACUUGCGCCGCCUUUUCGAAGGGGACAAGGACCGCUUCAACCACUUCAGCUUGAACCUCAACACCAACCAUGGCCGUAUUCUGUUGGAUUACUCCAAGAAUCUUGUGACGGAGGCUGUGAUGCAGAUGCUGGUGGACCUGGCCAAGUCCAGGGGUGUGGAGGCUGCCCGGGAGCGCAUGUUCAAUGGUGAGAAGAUCAACUUCACCGAGGAUCGGGCAGUGUUGCACGUGGCCCUGAGGAACCGGUCAAACACACCCAUUCUAGUGGACGGCAAGGAUGUGAUGCCAGAGGUCAACAGGGUCCUGGAGAAGAUGAAGUCUUUCUGCAAGCGUGUCCGGAGUGGCGAAUGGAAAGGGUACUCGGGCAAGUCCAUCACGGACGUCAUCAACAUCGGCAUCGGCGGCUCUGACCUGGGACCCCUCAUGGUGACGGAAGCCCUCAAGCCGUACUCUGCAGAAGGCCCCCGGGUCUGGUUCGUCUCCAACAUUGAUGGGACCCACAUUGCCAAAACGCUGGCCACCCUGAACCCCGAGUCGUCCCUGUUCAUCAUUGCCUCCAAGACCUUCACCACCCAGGAGACCAUCACAAAUGCAGAGACGGCGAAGGAGUGGUUUCUUCAGUCAGCCAAGGAUCCCUCUGCAGUCGCAAAGCACUUUGUCGCCCUGUCUACCAACACUACCAAAGUGAAGGAAUUUGGAAUUGAUCCUCAAAACAUGUUCGAGUUCUGGGAUUGGGUGGGAGGCCGCUACUCGCUCUGGUCAGCCAUCGGACUCUCCAUUGCCCUGCACGUGGGGUUUGACAACUUCGAGCAGCUGCUCUCGGGGGCUCACUGGAUGGACCAGCACUUCCGCACGACACCCCUGGAGAAGAACGCCCCCGUCCUGCUGGCUCUGCUGGGUAUCUGGUACAUCAACUUCUUUGGGUGUGAGACGCACGCCAUGCUGCCAUAUGACCAGUACCUGCACCGCUUUGCUGCCUACUUCCAGCAGGGUGACAUGGAGUCCAACGGGAAGUACAUCACCAAGUCCGGCACCCGUGUGGACCACCAGACGGGCCCCAUUGUGUGGGGGGAGCCAGGGACCAAUGGCCAGCAUGCCUUCUACCAGCUCAUCCACCAAGGUACCAAGAUGAUACCCUGUGACUUCCUUAUCCCGGUCCAGACACAGCACCCGAUACGGAAGGGUUUGCAUCACAAGAUCCUCCUGGCGAACUUCUUGGCCCAGACUGAGGCCCUAAUGAAGGGGAAGUCGACGGAAGAGGCCCGGAAGGAGCUGCAGGCCGCUGGGAAGAGUCCAGAGGACUUUGAGAAACUGCUGCCCCACAAGGUCUUUGAAGGAAAUCGCCCCACCAACUCUAUUGUGUUCACCAAGCUCACGCCGUUCAUCCUUGGAGCCUUGAUUGCCAUGUACGAGCACAAGAUCUUCGUCCAGGGCGUCAUCUGGGACAUCAACAGCUUUGACCAGUGGGGAGUGGAGCUGGGAAAGCAGCUGGCUAAGAAAAUUGAACCGGAGCUUGAUGGCAGCAGCCCAGUGACUUCUCAUGAUUCUUCCACCAAUGGGCUGAUCAACUUCAUCAAGCAGGAGCGUGAGGCCAGAAGCCAAUAAACUGGUGCCCCACUGCAGUCCCCACUGUGACUGGUCCUUCUUGUCCCUUCUGCCCAGAGUCUGCACUGCAUGGUCCUGCCCUCUGGUUUUGGGUUUGGACCAUAAGACCUUUGGGGGAAGCUGGUCUGGAAUUGCCACCCCUGCCCUCUCCAUGUUCAUGCCCCCUCUGUUUUAAAGUUGGCUGAAGUGUUUCGGUGCAGCUGAAUUUUCUGACCCAUGUUCACUGUUCAUAUACCAGGUAGAAAAAUAAAGAUGCCAUAAAGGAG